UCUCUAAUUUCUGCUCUGUGCUUUUAGCUGAACUCGGCCUCCUCAUGCUUUUGAGCUUUUCAUCUUCAUCGCUAUCAUCAUCGGGACUGAAGUUCAGAACUGAGAUAGGCAGCAGAGAGAUGGAGAAGGGCAUCAGGGCGCUGAAAGGAUUAGUGGUGGGCCGGCUGCAUCAAGUGAAGCUCAAGUCGGGGCUGUCGUACAACCAGAUAGCAGAGAAGACUGGCCUGACCAACGUCUACGUCGCUCAGCUCCUCCGGCGUCAGGCCCAGCUGAAGCCCGACACCGCCCCCAAGCUCCGGGCUGCCCUACCCGAACUGCCCGAUGAUCUUGUCCACGAGAUGAUGAAGCCGACUAUGCGCAGCUACGACCCCGACCUGAUUCAGGAACCCACCGUUUACAGGCUGAAUGAAGCAGUAAUGCAUUUUGGUGAGAGCAUCAAGGAAAUCAUCAAUGAAGAAUUUGGUGAUGGCAUAAUGUCAGCCAUUGAUUUCUACUGCUCGGUGGACAAAGUCAAAGGUGUGGAUGGAAAGGAACGUGUUGUUGUGACAUUUGAUGGGAAGUACCUCCCUUAUACAGAGCAGAGAUCUGAAGACAUGGUUUCAAGAAUCUCCAAGGAGAAAUGACUUUCCAAAUGAAAGUAGGAACUGUCAUGGUCUCAAUUUUAUCUGUAAGAACACUUCUACUGGUCUUUCUUAUCUAAAUAAAUAGCGGCGCAAAGGAUUUUUAUGUCCUGCCCAUGCCCAUAUACUUGAUUAAAAAAAAAAAACAGAGAAUAGAACUGAACAAAAUCAUGUAAAUGUGGAGUGUAAAAGUAUAUAAAGUUUUACUGUAAUUUAUAUCUUCAUCUUUGAUUAGGUGGAGUUUCAUGUGACAUUUGUCUGGAGUCUAAUUUUACAUGUUAUGUCGGGUAAAUAAA